AUGAAGAAAAGACCUGAGCAAGAAGCUUCCAGGCAAGCAUCAGUGAGGUCUACCGCUACUUUGGAUAGUCAAAAGACUGGAACCGGUAAUUCAUUGUUGUCAAAUAUUCGGAAAUUCUCCAAACCAAAUAAAAGUGAAGAUUUAAAUCAUAUUUCCACUUUAAACAUUUCAAAUCCUCAAUUACAAACUUCAUCAUCCAAUAUGGCUCGUCGUGGGAAUGAUAAAGUGUAUCAUACUGAUUCCCCUUACAAGAAGAGACAACCAAGUGAUAGUUCGGCUUAUUCUAUUCAUUCCCAAGCUUCUCUUCCCUUAAGCAAAGGAACAACCUUAAACAAUUCAUCCCAUUCUAUUUAUGAUUCACAACCUCCAUCACCAUCCCAUUCACGUCGUUCUUCCACUUGGACCACAGCGGCUUCCACUACAGAUGAUAUAAGAUCCAUUUCAACUCCAAAUAAGAAAUCCGCCCUGCAAAGAAUUCAUACAAAUCAAUCUGUUUUAUCAAAUUCUUCCAUGGCAACUAGUGGAACUAGUGCUAAUAAUAAUAAUAACGAUUUCAUAUUGGAGCAACCAAAAGAUAAUUGGGAAAUUGAUGAAAUGUUUAAUGAAUUAAUGGAAAAACGUGAUUUCAAAAGUUUACCAGAUGCUGCUAAACGACAAAUGAAGGAAUAUCCAAUUUCUAAAAAAUGGAUGCUUAUUUAUCAAGAUGCUUUAUCUGAAAAGAAAAAACAAGAACGUUCAAAGAAAGGUGGUGAAAAUCCUGCAACUCCAGAAUCUUAUGUUAGAUUACUGAUGUCUAAAUCAAUUUCGGUUAGACAAUUGGGGAAUCUUUGGGUUAGUUUACGUACUGAACCUGUUGAUUGGGUUAGAGAUUUUAUUGAUGCUCAAGGUCCAGUGGCAUUAGCUACUGUAUUACAACAAUUACACACUAGAUCAACAACUGAUUUAUUAAAUGAUGAAUUUUUAGAAAAAGAGAUUUCAAUCAUAAGGUGUUUAAGAACUAUAAUUAAUAAUCAAAGAGGUGCUGAUUAUGCAUUGGAUUCAAAAGUAAUAGUACCUGCAAUCACAGGUGCUCUUAUCUCAACAAGAUUAGCAACAAGAAGACUUGUAACUGAUAUGUUAAGUUUCUUGGCUCAUUUUAAAUCUCCAGAAGGUUAUGAACAAGUUUUAAAAGCUUUAAAUUCAAUACCACCUGAUAAUAUUCAUUUCCAAGCUAAAUCUCUGGAUAAAAGAAAUUCAAUAAUUUCUCAACCUGGUACAAGUCAAUCUGGAUUGAAAAGAUUUGAACAAUGGUUAAGAGUUGUGGAACAAACUUUAGAAGGAAGAGGUAAAAUGGGAUCCAUGGUUGGUGCUAGUGAAGAAUUAAAAUCUAGUGGUGCAACUGGUGAAUCUCAACUUGUUGAUUAUGCAUUAGCAACAAUGGUUUUAAUUAAUUCCAUAGCUGAAGGUGGUGUUGAUUUUAAAGUUAGAACUCAUAUUAGAGCACAAUUAAAAUCUGGUGGAUUACAAAAAAUUUUCAAAAAAUUUCAUAAAUUACAUAGUGAAUUGAUUGAUGAUAAAAUUAGAGAAUUUGAAGAUGCUGCAGCUGAAGAUUAUGAUUCUCUGCUGAAAGCUGAACGUAUUGGUGAAGAUGUUGAUUUAAAUGAUCCAGUAUCGUUAGUUAAAAAUAUUUGGAGUAAAAUUCAAAAUUCUGAAGCUGAAAGUUAUUUCAUGUCUGCUAUUCAACAUUUAUUUUUAAAUCAAACAGAUUCUUCGAAAACUGUGGGUAAUCCAGAUACUGUUAGAUCUUAUAGAUUAAUUGAUGGUUUAAUCUCUAAUAUCACUAUGGGUGCUACAUCUAAUGAUGAUACUGCUUUAAAUGUUGCCAUUCAUAGAUUAUAUGAUGGUCUUCAAACUGAUGAAGUUGCAAGAAGAGCUAUAUUAGAAAGUAGAGAAGCUACAAAGAGAGCUGAAGAAGCAAUAGCUGAAAGAGAUGAAUUAGCAAGACAGAUUUCAUUAGGUUCAGAUGGUAUGAUGGAACGUUUAACAAAUGAAGUUAAAGAACAAGAAAUUAUUCUUAUGAAACAAAGAAAAUUAAAUGAAACAAUUUCAUCUGAAUUAGAAGAAUUGAAAAGAAAACAUAUUUUAGAAAAACAUGAACAAGAACUUGAAAUGAGAGAAAUGUUAAUUCUUCUUAAUAAUGCAAAUGAAUCUAAUCAAGGUACUAAUUCUAAAUCACAAAUUGUUGAUAGAUUGAAAAAUCAAAUAUCUAGAAAGAAAAAUCAAUAUAAAAAUGAUAAUAAAAGAUAUGGUACCUCGGUUGAACCUAAUAGAAGACUGCGUGUCUUGAGAGAUCAAAUGGAAGAUAUUGAACAACAAGCUAGAGAAUUGGAAAUGACAAAUUUCACUGAAAGAAAGAGAAAUAAUGAUAGUAUUUCAAGUAUUUCACCUGUUAUUAUCCAACAAUCACCUCCAAAACCACUUCCAGUCCCACCAAAACAAUCAUUUAAACAAGAUGAUGCUUUUAAAUUAGAACAUUUGAGACAAAGAUUAGAUUUCUUACAAAAUCAAUCUAAUGAUAUCUUGAAAUUUGAUACUGAUGCUAAAAAUAAAGAAUUGAUGAAUAAACAAAAAUUAAUGGCUAUGGAAAGAUUAAAAGAAUUACAAUCAAGAUUCCAAAAUUUAAAUAUUGAUUUCUCUGUUAAAGAUUCAAUUGCUGGUGAAGGUUAUCGUUCAUUAGAUCCAAGAACUUCAAAAAACAAUAUUAGUAUUCAUGAUGAAUUAGAGGAAAUUGAAAAGUUAAGUGAAAGAUUGGAAAAUGAGUUACUUGUUCAAGAAAAUGUUCCAUCUAAAUCAUUUUUGGAUUCAUUAGAAGCUAAAUAUGCAAGAGGUAAAAAAGAACCAGAACAAAAACCAGAUUAUAGUUAUAGAGCUUCUGUUGCUGAUAAAGUUAGAAGUAGUAAAGGAUUUGAACCUGCAUUUUUACAAGAACUUACUUCAAGUGUUGGUAAGAAAGAAGCUAUUCCAGAUAAUAAUGAUAUUCAACCUCAAGAACUUGAAGUACCCUCACCUGUCAAAGCUUCAGCUGAACCUAUCAAACAAUCAAUUCCACCACCUCCACCUCCACCUGCUCCACCACUUCCACAAUCAAACAAUCCAUCAGCUCCACCUCCUCCUCCCCCUCCUCCAGCUCCACCAUUACCUGGUACUUCAAGUAUACCUGGUCCUCCUCCACCUCCUCCACCUCCAUUACCACCUGCAUUUGGUGGUUCAAUGCCUCCACCACCACCACCGCCAUUACCUUUUGGAAAUGGUGCCCCAGCUCCACCACCACCACCACCUUUUCCAAUGCCAAAAUCAGCUACACCAGCUCAAAGUCCAUUAUUACCACAAUCACCAAGCUUAUUUGAAAGAUACCCAAGACCAAAGAAGAAGCUUAAACAAUUACAUUGGGAAAAAGUGGAAGCUACAGAAAAUUCAUUUUGGGAAGGUACUGCUGCUGAAAAAGUUGCCUCUGAUCUUCUGAAUAAAGGUAUUUUCGAUGAACUUGAAAGUAUUUUCGCCAUGAAAGAGAUCAAAAAGAUGACUAGUAAGAAACAAGGCGAAGCUGAAAAACUUACAUUUUUGGCAAGGGAUGUUUCACAACAAUUUUCAAUUAAUCUACAUAUGUUUUCUUCAUUAAGUGAUGAACAAUUAGUUAACAAAGUUUUAAGAUGUGAUAAAUCAGUUCUUGAAUUACCUAAUGUUAUUGAAUUUUUGGGAAAACAAGAAUUAUGUGAAAUACCGAAUGGUUUAGCUAGAAAUCUGGAACCAUAUAGAACUAUUUGGGCUAAAGGUUUCGAAAAAUCACCAGAAAAAGACCCUAAUGAAUUACAUAGAUCUGAUAGAAUCUAUUUGGAAUUGUUUUAUAAUUUGAAUGAUUAUUGGCCAUCAAGAAUGAGAGCUAUCAGGGUUAUCACUACAUAUGAAAAAGAAUAUUCUGAUAUUGUUCACAAAUUAAGAUUAAUUGAUGAUGCUACAGAAAAUAUUCAAAACUCUGAAAAUUUGAGAAGAGUGUUUGAUAUAAUUUUAGCUGUUGGUAACUUCAUGAAUGAUACUGCUAAACAAGCACAAGGUUUCAAAUUAAGUACAUUACAAAGAUUAACUUUCAUGAAGGAUGAUAAGAAUAGUAUAACUUUCUUACACUAUGUUGAAAAAGUGGUUAGAAAAGCAUAUCCGGAAGUUGAAAGUUUCUUGGAAGAAUUAAGUAAAUGUUAUGAUGUUGCCAAAUUAGCCAUUGAAAAUUUAGCAACAGAUUCAAAAGAUUUCUCCCAAGGUAUUAAGAAUGUUGAAGCAUCAAUUGAUAUUGGUAAUUUAAGUGAUUCAUCUAAAUUUCAUCCAAGAGAUAAAGUGUUGACUAAAGUCUUACCUGUGUUACCAGAAGCUAGACGUAAAGGUGAUUUAUUACAAGAACAAACUAAAAUGACAAUCACUGAAUUUGAUAAAUUGAUGAGAUAUUUUGGUGAAGAUCCAACUGAUACAUUUGCUAAAAAUUCAUUCUUCAGAAAAUUUGUUGACUUUAUGAAUGAUUAUAAGAAAGCACGUAAGGAUAAUUUGCAAAGGGAAGAAGAAGAAAGAGCAUAUGAAGUUAGAAAGAAGAUGAUGGAAACAAGCAAAAGUAGAGAUUCUGCAUCAGAUUCAAAAGAUGAAGAAGGUGAUAAUGUCAUGGAUGCUUUAUUAGAAAAAUUGAAAGCUGCAGGUCCUUCUAAAGGUCAACCAUCAUCAGCUAGAAAAAGAGCUUUGGCUCGUAGAAAUAUGUUACAAUAUAAAAAGGCAAAUCCAGAUGACAGUGAUGAAGAAGAUGAAGAUGAAUUAGAUGCCAAUGAUGUAUCACCAUCUAAAUCUGGUCGUAAUGGUUCCCCUCAAAGAAAUAGUUCAACAAGUACACAAGCUGAAUCAUCAACACCACCAACUGAAGCAACUGAAAAUGGUGAAGAUGACGUUGGAUUAAGAGCAAGAAACUUGUUACAAGAGUUAAGAGGUGGUGCAAGUGCUAAUAGUGGCUCAAGUACUAAUGAAAGUGGUUCCUCCCGUGUUCAGCAACUAAGAGAACAACAACGGUUAAGAAGAAAACAAAGUAAUGGUGAAACCUUAUCAACAAUUGAGAACCAAGAACCUGAUCUGAAUUCCUCCGAACCGAUAGAGAAAGAAAGUAAUGAAGAAGAAAAAGAAGAUGUAAAGAACGAUGAACAAAAAUAA